UGAUUAUUGUACCACGUGGUUGUGCAGCUUUCGACUAGGGUAUGAAGGCAACAAAAAGAUUCAAAUUUCGCUCAUUUUCAGAAAGAAUUUCUGCCAUCAAAAUUGACGUUGUUCAUCGGAUUUCUCGCGCGGAUGAUAUUGAUGAGGAUGCAGAAUCUUGCUUUGUGGAAGGAUUGAAUAAAUGGAGAGAUCUGAACAGCACAGCAAGUUUCACUGAGUUUGCUGUGCAAGCUCAUCGUCUUGUGCAGACGUUUCCUCAAGUUGUACAUCAUCAGGAAACUUUAGUAAAUCUUCUCAAAGAUUCUUUAAGAUCAGCUUCUCAUAUGGCAUUACAGCCACUGCUUGAUUUGACAGUGCAGUUGGUGCGUGAUCUACAGGCUGAUUUCUACAGUCAUUUUCAGGACUUUCUAACAAUUCUGUGUGGUCUGGCUACAGUGUCUGAUUCACAAGUAGUAGAGGAAGUCUUCACUUGCUUGGCUUAUCUGAUUAAGUUUCUUUGGCGACAGUUGGUGAAAGACAUCAAGGAAGUUUACAAUUCAUACUGUAGUUUGUUAGCUAAUAACAAAAAGCUACAUGUGAGAAGGUUUGCAGCUGAGAGCUUUGCCUUUUUGCUGCGUAAGUGCAAGAAACAAGAGGACAUGAUUGACAUUAUUCUGGAGUCACUGGAUUGUUCUAUCAGUAGUCAGCAGGAUGUAAGUGAAGGAGUUUGCUUGCUUCUUUUUGAGACAAUGAGAGGAGUAAACAUGCAGUUUCAUUCUUCCACAGAAACAUUUCUCUCAAUGCUAUUGGUGAGGGCAGCUAACGCAUCCCACACAGUUCAAUGCGCUGAAGACAAGGUUUUAAAAUGUCUUAAGACAACAAUGGAAAGAAUGGCAGAGUAUUGCCGGGAAGAAACUUCUAAAGUUGUGUGGGAUGUUCUUAUUGACUGUUUGAAUGACUUGUAUGCAAACAGAAACAAGAAGACUAAUGUUCAGCUGCAGCUGCUAGUACCUCUUCUUCAGGUUUGGAUUUCUUGGAGAAAAGGAGCAAGAAUCAUUUGUGCAGAAAAAGUCUGCAAGGUUUUACAAGAUAUUCUGCCGUGUGCUGCUGCAUUUGGUGAUGGGGUUGACUUAGUCAUAUCUGCGUGUUUGUCUCUCUUUUUGGUUCGGCAAAAUUGGUCAUCUGAGGAAGCUAUGCAUUGUCUUUUGCAGUCUAUCUAUGAAUUGGCUGUACCAGUAUCUACAUUAUCAAGUUUCUCAUUAUCUUUGUUUCAUUGUGCAGAGUUUGUGGCAGUGGCAUUGCCUUUAAUCCUAAAAUGGCUAAACAAAAGUGUUAAUGAGGAUCCAGUGAACAUAAAGAAAGCUUUGUGGAUUCUGACAGCAUUUUAUCAGUUCAGCAGAAAGGAAGGAAAAACUUUAGAAUUCAAGAUAUCUGUUAUUGAACAUACAGAACAUUUGAAUGAAGCAGUCGAAUUGAUUAUUAGUAAGAAAGUAACACAGCAACGUGAAGAUGUUGUCUUGCUUUGGGCAGCAGUGCACUGUGCGUGCUUACUACAAGUUGAAAGUAAUUUGAUGACAAAAUUGAUUGAUAGGAGACAAGAGAUGUUUGGGCUUGUGAUGAAUAGCAAUCAGGAGGACUCUCAUGUUUUGUUAUUUGUUUUGUGUAAACUUUGUGAGGUGACAUUACGAUCACAUUUUCACAGUUUGAACUGGUCUGAAGUGAUUCAGUUGCUGCAGCCACAUUCAGGUUGUGUCUUUGCACUAGACAUUGCUUGCCAGUAUGUCCAAACAACUGGUGAAACAUCUCAGGAUAAACUUUUGGAAUGUUCCAGACUCCUACUUGACAACAUGAGCAAUCCUUGCCAACAAAUCCGUUUAUUGUCAGUCAGAUUGCUUUCCAGUUUGGAAACAAAUUCGGACUUCUACAAUUUGUGUCUAAGAAUUCAAGAAACGCCUGCCUCACUAGCUCAUUACAGAGAGAAAAUUGUACUAAUGCAUCAAUUCUCAGCUAUUGCACAUGGACUGAAUGAUGUUUAUAAAGAGGUUGCACUUCAAUUUCUUAUUGGAUCUUUUUAUUUGAACUUUCAACCUAUGUGGCAACCAAUUUCUGAGUUGAUAUCAAUGCAUUGUAGUGAUGCUGAGAGCAAGAAAUUGUUUUGGCCAGUUUUUUCUGGUCAACUGCGUGUUGCCACACUUAGAGCAGUGUCUGAUCAGUCAAGGAAACUGGUUUUCUGUGACACACACUCAGAGUUGGAAACUUUGCUUUUUAAGCAGUUGGAGCUUAAGAUGACAGGAAAUAAUGAUGGCAGGUGUGACCAUGCAAACUUUCGGCUUUUGUUAUGGAGAUGUCUUGCAGAUGUUGUACAUGUGGCAGAACAGCAUUCACGUGAUGUCACUCCUAUUUUCCUUGACUUUCUUGCCAAUGAAUAUUUUGCUGUUGAUGCUUCAACAUCUCACUCUCAAAAUCUAACAAAAGACAUAGGAUCCAAUAACGAUGAGAAUAAUUUAGCAUGUUCUAAAAAUAGAAGAGAAGGUCAUCUUUCUCGUAAAGAAGUUGUUAAGACAUUAUCUACCAUGUUGGCUUUGUUUGGAAAAUUUCACAAUCCUAAAGCAAUGUUUAGAGAGCAAGAGAUGAGACAAGUUUUCACAAUGUUGUUGACUCAUAAGGACAGUGAAAUCCAGCAGAGAGCACUGGAUGCUCUCAUGUGUUAUCGUCCAUCAUAUCUUGUUCCUUACAAAGACAACCUCAAUCGUCUUUUGAAAGAUGAGACAAUUCGUGAUGAAUUAGUGCUUUUCUCAGUGGAUGAAGAGAAUGGUGUUGUUGCAUUGAACCACAGGAAGGAGUUGAUGCGCAUUCUUGCAAGGAUCUUAUAUGGUCGUAUGGUGAGCCAUUUUGGUGGAAGAGCUCGUAAACAAGGUGGUAUGGCACAUCGUGGAAUUGUACUACGCUACUUCUCUGGCUGCCCUGCUGAUGAAUUUGCACUUUUUGUGGAAAUUGCAAUACAGCCAUUUAGGCAUGCUGUAGAAUCCAAGGCAAACAUUCGUGAUAGUUCUGUUGAUCCUGCUGACGUAGUUCCUUUGAGGAAACAACAAGGGUUUUUAAGUUUGGUUGGCCAGAUGUUCUCAUCGCUUAGAGAUCAAGUGCAACCUCACCUUGCCACAGUUUUUCCUGUGCUUCUACACAUUGGCCAUUCAUGUGUGCAACUUUUGGACACUUACAGACAAACGAUUGGUUCUUGUUUUAUCCCUACUCUUCGCUCUUUGCGUCAAUCUUGUCUUAAUCGAAUGGCAGAUGUCUUCAAACUUUUUGAGCAAUUUGAUGUUACUCUUUUCAAAGAGGAUUUAUUUGCUGUGGCUGUUUGGCCACAACUCAGUCGACUGAAGGAUGAAUGCAUUCAACAUCCCACUGCUCUUCUUGUUUUGCUGCAUAAAUGGACUGACAAAUCUAUUAACUUCCAGUUGCUAAGCAAGCCAUUUCCACAUGAUAUGGAAAGAUCUAUUCUGAGUUAUGUAUUUGAAUGUCUGUCAUCUAAAGGUGUCUCUUCAUCAGUUGUUUGUCUAAUAUUUGAAAUCGCUGCUAAUCUUUCGAGCAGUGAAGAUGACAACAAGUUGGGGCCCAAACUGAUGGAACCACAUAUUGCUGUCAUUUUAUCAUUCUUGAGUUCGUGUAUUCAGACUGCUGUUGAGAACUCAAAAGUGAUACCAAAAGUACAACUACGUGUUUUAUACAAUUUGAGUAAUCUUGUGAGCGACUCGGACCAGUCAGAGACUGUAAUUCUGUUGCUUUUGAAACUGUUUGAUGUACAAAACUGCUAUGGGAAGGAAGAAGAGACACACAUGCUACUCACAGUCAAGAACCUUAUUGCUAAUGUCAAAAACACGAUGAUGUUUGUUUGGCCACUGUCUCAUUUGCUGUGUAAGUUGACCAAGCGAGAGUCAAGACAAGCUCUUUGUGAUGUGUUUCAGGUUUUAAGCACACUGUGUACUGAUUUGUCUCAAAUAUCUGCGAUGCUACAACAAAUGAAUGCAUGGGACAAAUCUCGUCUUGAAGAAGUUGACUAUGAUAGUCGUCUACUUGGAUUUACAGCAGCUAGAGAGUUUUUGGAAACUAAACAACUUUGUUGUAACUUGCUGCUGCCUCUUGUUGCAGCAGGCUGCCACACACUGUUACAUUGUGAUGACAUGUCUCUACGAGAUGCUGCAUCAAAGUUUAUUCAGACAGUUAUUUGUCAAAUAUCACUGGCUGAGAAAGAUCAGCGUAAUGAUUUAGUAAAGAUUAUUAUUGGGCAGAUGAUCACUCCAGCUGUUCGUAUAGGACUUAAGGCAAUGGCCGAGGCUACUCGACAUGAGCAUCUUGUAAUAUUGUCUACAUUGACGCAAGAGUUGUCUGAUCAUGUGAACUUUCGAGAUUUGACUGUUUUGUUGAGUGACAAUGCAGAAGCUGACUUCUUUAAGAACUUUUGUCACAUACAAGUUCAUCGUCGUGUCAGAGCUUUACGUGAACUAACCAUUCACAUUAGAAAUGGUUUAUUGUCUUCUUCGACUCUUACGGGUUUUGUAGUUCCUCUUGUUACUAAGGAACUUUUUGCUUCUACUGACCACAACAUUGUCAAUGAAGCAGUGAAUGUGAUUGGUGCAGCUGCUUCUCAGUAUAAAUGGUCUUUGUAUUUUCCACUUAUGAAACAUUACAUUCGACUUCUGACACGCAAACCAGACAAACAGAAAACAGUGAGCCGCAUUGUGACUGCUGUACUCGAUGCAUUUCAUUUUGACUUGAUUGGAGUUGGUGAUGUGAAUGAUGGAGUGGAAGAGAAGGCUGUUGAUGAGGUUUCUGACGGAGUAGAAGCUCAGUUGGAUAAUAAGGUUGUAACUGUUACAAGUCACUUGUCAGAGAGACAAGCAUGGAAGAUACAUGAUGUUCUUCUGAAACAAGUGCUCCCAGCUUUGAAUGAGUACCUCAUGAAGACAACACGUGGGGGUCACAAAUUGGGUCAUUCUGUGAAGUUAGACGACCAGCAAGAUCUGCUGAAAGUGCCAGUUGUGCUAGCAGUCGUAAAGCUACUGCAAAAAAUGCCUUUGGAAACAUUAAAGUCUCAACUUCCUGGUGUUAUAAUGAGAAUAUGCCAGAUGUUGAAGAGUCGUUCAAGGGAGGUACGUGAUGUAGCAAGAAACACACUUGUCAAGAUGGUGGUGUCUCUUGGACCUUCUUUUCUAUCUUUUGUUAUAAGUGAGCUGAAACAUUUACUGAAUAAAGGAUUUCAGGUGCAUGUAAUGGCUUACACUUGUCAUUCAGUUGUCAGUGGUUUGUCUGACAGCUUACAUUCUGGAGACUUUGAUGGCUGUUUGCAAGAUUCAGUUGAGAUAUCAUUGAACAAUUUGUUUGGAGCUCCUGCAGAAGAACGUGAGGAAGGAGAUUUGACUUCAAGACUUCCCGAGGCAAAGUCUUCUCAUAGUUUUGAGAUGUUUGAACUUGCUGCAAAGUUUACUUCACCAUCUAAACUGAGCUGUAUUGUGGAACCACUGAGGAAGGUUGCACUGACAAAUCUGAGUGUGAAGUUGGUACAUUGCAUUGAGGAGGCUCUGAGACGAGUUGGUCUUGGCUUGCAAGCCAACAACAAAGUUUCAGCUAUAGUUAUGUUGCGUUUCAUUCAAGAUGUUCUCAGUCAUGGUAUUGACCAAAUGCAAAAGAAACGGAUGAAUACAGACUCUAAUACAACACUUGAUUCUGGAAAGAUAUUAAAGCCUGACUUGUUUAGCAAUCAACUUUGUCCCAAAGAGCCAGCAAGAGCAGGAAAAAUACAAGGAGCACCAGAACAAGCUACACUUCACGUUCUGGUUGCAUUUGGACUACAACUGUUGGUGUCGGGAGUUAAGAAACAGGCUUUUGAUUCAUCUUGUGCAAAACAGUUACAACUUCUGAAUGAAAUUUCUCCAGUUGUGAUUUCUUGCAUUGGAUUUCAACAUAACAAAGUUUUAUCUUUAGCUUUGCGGGUUGUGAGCCACAUUGUGGUGAUGAAAAUCACUUCAAUUGAAACUUGUAUUGACACAUUAAUGCCAAGGUUAUUCUCUCUUUUGAGACAGUACUCACGUACUGGUGCAGCUGUUAGUGGUGCUAACCAUGAGUUGUUACAAGUGUGCUUUAAGGCAAUUACUGCAAUCAUCAGGAAUUAUAAUCAGCAUACUGUGUCAGACAAGGAUCUCAAGGUUUUGCUGACUUAUGUGGAGGAAGAUCUUUAUGAUCCUAUGAGACAAGGAACAGCAUUUCCUCUUCUUAAGGCAAUACUUUCACGUACGUUAUGUGUGUCAAUGUUACAUGAUGUAAUGAAGAAAGUAGAGGAAUUGUCUAUUCAGAGUGCAUUUUCAACAGUCAGAUUGAACUGCAGGCAGUGUAUUCUGCAGUACAUUCUGGAUUAUCCGCUAGGAAAGAGACUUCAGGAUCAUUUUGAUUUGUUUGUUCAAAACUUAAGUUAUCAUACUGAAGAUGGACGAGCAUCUGUUUUGGAACUUCUAGUGAUGUUUUUUAACAGACUUCCUCUGAGUGUUAUGCAUCGAAAUGCCAGCUACUUCUUUGUACCUCUAAUGUUGCGUCUUUUUAAUGAUGAGUCAACACAGUGUAAAAAGUUGGUGUCUGGUGUAAUACGGAUGUUGCUAGAAAAGAUUGAAGUGCAGAAAAGGGAUAAAUUAUUUGCUUUGGUUCUAACAUGGAUGGCGGAUUCAAAAGUUCUUCACCAAAGAUUGGCCUCUCAAGCCUGCAGCUUGUUUGUUGAUGUGGAGAGUGCAUUGUUUGAAAGACGCCUUGCAAAGCUACUGCCUUUGAUGGCUCAGUUGCUUCACGAUUAUUGUGACUUUGAUGAAGGGACAGAUAUCUUGUCUGAUGGUGAACUGUCAGAUGUUGAUCAUCUCAUCUUCACUCUUCUCUCUAGCUUUGGAAAGAUAUGUAAAGCUUGUGAUGUCAUUCAAAAUGAGUUGUACAAAGAUGAUAUGACUCAAAUGUGGAACUCUGUUGAGCGUUAUUUGGAGCAUCCUCAUUUAUGGGUUCAACUAGCUGCUAGUCGCCUUUUCGGUCAGCUGUUUGCAUGUUGGAAACCAAGUGAGGUUGCUGCAGCAAGUGGAAAGGAAGAAAGCAACGGGUAUUUGCAGCAGGCUGUGACCGAGAAGCUCUCACACUUGAUAUCAGCUUUCAUUAAACAGUUUGAAUCAUCACACGUGACAGUGGAGCAAGGAGAGCAGCUUGUGAAGAACUUGAUUUUCUUGGCUGAAAUGGCCAACUUAAUGGAGGGUGGAGUUGAAAUUUCCGGCAAAUAUGAAACUGUGUUAUCUGUUGGUUGGAUGAUCAACCAGAUAUCGAAAGUGGGCAGAAGGGAAGCAGGAUACACACCACAAGAAACUAUCAAGAGGAGUUGUGUUUUCAAAUGGCUGGGUGCAUUAGCUCUAAAGCUGCAUGUGAAUAAACUUUCUCAACAUUUGGCAUGCAUUUUGAAACCAGUUGUACAGGAACUCGAAUUUUCAGAUAAACACAGUCUACAAGACAAAAACAGUGACUUGAAAAUGUUGGCUCAAGAAGUCAGUGACCUGAUAAGAGGAGUAGUUGGGCAAGAAGCAUUUUCUCGUGGUUGUGCUGAUGUCCUAAAAGAACUAACUGCAACUCGAGAGAGCAGGAAACGAGAAAGGGCACUAGAGGCAGUGACCAAUCCUGAGAAGAGAGCAAAGAAGAAGGUGAAGAAGAACUUGGCAAAGAAAGAAAGUCGUAAAAGGAAAAUCAAAUUGAUGAAACAUCCAGCCAAGUGGAAAAAAUUCUGAUGUUUUGAUUAACUUAAUGAUACAAACUGAUACAAUAUGUCUAAUGUUGCCAUUACCUCAUCGGAGUUGCAGUUAUGUGUUGGCAGUGCUGCACUCUUUUGCAUCAAUGUAAUAAUGUUUUUUUCUAAAA